AUGGAUCCUGCGUCGGACAUUACUAAGCAGAAGGUGGCUGCUGCGAAAAACUACAUCGAGCAGCAUUACCGGAACCAGAUGAAGACGAUUCAAGAACGCAAGGAUAGGCGCAACGAGCUGGAGCGGAAGCUGGAGGAGGAGGACGUGCCGGAGGAGGAGCAGCAGCGCAUCAUGCAGGAGCUCGAGAGGCGCGAGACGGAGUUCCGCCGCCUGCAGCGCCACAAGAUGAGCGUCGACGACUUCGAGCUGCUCACCAUCAUUGGUCGAGGAGCCUUUGGGGAGGUGCGCAUCUGUCGGGAGAAGAAGACGGGCAGCGUGUACGCCAUGAAGAAGCUCAAGAAGGCAGAGAUGCUUCGGCGCGGCCAGGUGGAGCACGUGAAAGCCGAGCGAAACCUGCUGGCGGAGGUGGAGAGCAAGUGCAUCGUGCAGCUGUACUGCUCGUUCCAGGACGACGAGUUUCUGUACCUGGUGAUGGAGUACCUGCCGGGCGGCGACAUGAUGACGCUGCUCAUGCGCAAGGACACUCUCACUGAAGAUGAGGCGCGGUUUUAUGUCGGCGAGACGGUGCUGGCGAUCGAGAGCAUCCACAAGCACAACUACGUGCACAGGGACAUUAAGCCGGACAAUCUGCUGCUGGACCGCCACGGGCACAUGAAGCUCUCAGACUUCGGGCUGUGCAAGCCGCUCGACACCAGCACCUUCCCCGCCGUCGAUGUGGAGGAGGCCGCUGCUAUGCUGUCCAACACGUCUCUCGAAGGCACCCACCCGGGAUCAGGGCGCAGUCAGGCGGAGCAGCUGCAGAACUGGCAGAAGAAUCGUCGUACGCUGGCCUACUCCACGGUGGGGACUCCGGACUACAUCGCACCUGAAGUGCUGCUCAAGAAGGGAUACAGCCUGGAGUGUGAUUGGUGGAGCAUGGGGGCAAUUAUGUAUGAGAUGCUCAUUGGCUAUCCGCCUUUCUACUCUGACGACCCCAUGACAACCUGUCGCAAGAUUGUGAACUGGCGCACGCACCUCAAGUUCCCCGAGGAGGUGAUCAUCUCCCGGGAGGCCAGGGACCUCAUCUGCCGCCUUCUGUGCGACGUGGAGCACCGCCUGGGCACCAGGAGUGUCGGCGACAUCAAGAACCACCCGUGGUUCCGCGGCCUCCCCUGGGACCGCCUGUACAAGAUGGAGGCGGCUUUCCUUCCAGAGGUCAACGACGAGCUUGACACACAGAACUUUGAGAAGUUUGACGAGGUCGUUGAGGCCAGUGGAGCGCAGAAGGCAGGCCCCUGGAAGAAGAUGCUGCCAUCCAAGGACAUCAAUUUCGUUGGCUACACCUACCGCAACAUGGAAAUCGUGCAGGAGACGCAUUCCCCUCUCGGUGGCGCGUUGGAGCUGAAGAAGAAGAGCAAGGGGAAGAAGCCAGGCCUCAACUCCCUCUUUGCAGUCCCGCCUCCCAUCAUCCUUCCCCCACCUCCUCUUUCUCUCCUUCCCGUCUUCCCCUCUUUCGCUCCCCCCCACACACAGACGCCCCAGACGCCCCAGCCGCAUCUGGAGGAGGGGACCCCCACGAUAGCCACUCCCACGGCUCUGGCAGCAGGGCAGCAGUUCACGGCAUCUGGAGGGGGAGACGCACACGACAGCCACUCCCACGGCUCUGGAAGCAGGGCAGCACAUGGGGGACAGGGAGGGGGCGGGGGGAGAGGGGGAGGGGAUUACGGGAGGGAUGAUGGGUAUGACGAUAGGGGUAGGGAUUAUGGCAGGGACGGGGGGAGAGGAGGGGGUGGGGGAGGUGGAGGAGGGAGGGGAGGGUAUGAUGAGUAUGAGGAGGAGGAGGCUCCCCCAAAGUCGUCUAAAGGAGGGGGAGGGGCAUACAGGCAACAGGAGCAGCAUGGGUAUCAAGGAGGGGGAGGUGGUGGUGGGGGAGGGGUGGAUACUGAUGUGAGGGGCAGAGCGGGUGGGACAGAGGGGGAUGGACAGCUGAGGGGGGGAUGGUGUCACAGUGAAAGAAUUAUUGAUGGGCGGGUGACAGGAAGGGAACGGGCGGGGGAGAUGAGAAGGACAGAAGGGGAAGGACAAGGGGGAGAUAGGGAAGGACAGAGGGGGAGAGACAGAGGGGGGAGGAACAGGGAGGAGGACAGAGGGGGAAAGACAGAGGGGGAAGGACAAAUGGGGAGAGACAGAGGGGGAAGGAUACAGGUGGAGAGACAGAGGCUCUGUUUCCCCCCCAAUCUAUUCUCCUUUGCCUCACCUGCUUCCCCCCAUCCCCUGCCCUGCUUCCUCCCAUCCCCUGCCCUGCUUCCCCCCAUCCCCUGCCCUGCUUCCUCCCAUCCCCUGCCCUGCUUCCCCCCAUCCCCUGCCCUGCUUCCCCCCAUCCCCUGCCCUGCUUCCCCCCAUCCCCUUCACUGCUUCCCCCCAUCCCCUGCCCUGCUUCCCCCCAUCCCCUUCACUGCUUCCCCCUAUCCCCUUCCCUGCUUCCCCCCAUCCCCUGCCCUGCUUCCCCCCAUCCCCUACCCUGCUUCCCCCCAUCCCCUGCCCUGCUUCCCCCCAUCCCCUUCCCUGCUUCCCCCCAUCCCCUUCCCUGCUUCCCCCCAUCCCCUGCCCUGCUUCCCUCCAUCCCCUUCCCUGCUUCCCCCCAUCCCCUUCCCUGCUUCCCCCCAUCCCCUGCCCUGCUUCCCCCCAUCCCCUUCCCUGCUUCCCCCCAUCCCCUUCCCUCAUUCCUUCCCACCCACACCCAUUCCUUCCCAACCACAUAUGAUUCCUUCAGGGAUUCUCUCAUUCCUUACCACCCUAACUCUUUUCUUCCCACACUCUCUCUUUCCUUCCCACCCUCUCAUUCCUUCCCACCUUCUCACAUUCCUUCCCACCCUCACGAACCCAUUCCUCACUCUCCCUUCUCCCGCACUCUCUCUCUCUCUCUCCUUGCACCCGCACUCUCACUCUCCUUCCUCCCACACUCUCUCUCUCAGUCUUCCCGCACUCUCUCCCCGUCCUCUCGCACUCUCACUCUCCUUCCCACCACUCUCAGCCCUCCUUCCCCCCACCCUCUGCCCUGUUCCCACCUGCCCUCCCCAUCCCUGCUUUUCCCUCCCUGUCCUGCCCAUCCCUUCUCAACCCUUCCCUUCCUUUUCAUGCCCUCCCCUUCCCCCUCACUCCUCACCAUACAUGCUUUCAUCAUGUGCGCUUGCUUGUAUCCCCUUGCCGUUGUUCCCUUCCACCUCACACCACCAUCCCCAUGUUCCAGUGGUGAAGCAGAGGAGCAAGCUGAGGCGCAGCUAG